GUCAGAACACAGACAGUUCUAAACGGGAGUCCGUGCGGUAAAUACUUGUACAUAAACAUGUCUAGAUAACAACAAGCAAAUUUAAACUCUAUGUGAUUCCAACUUUAAUAUAAAAUUAGUUCUUAAAACUUCAUGCAAUUGAGUAUAUUUUCCCCUGAACAAUGCGAUUGUUUAUAUCAAGUUUGUUUCUUUGUCUCGUCUUUUAUUCGGAACAGAAAUCGACGCCGCAAGAUGACAGCUACAUAGCAGCUGUGGUGGAGUACGAAGUCAACACCAAUGUCUCCACCAACGUACAGAACUAUAUUAAUUUGAUAAAAGAGGCCGCGGAAAAGAAUGCAGAUAUAAUAGUUUUUCCAGAGAUGACCCUCACUAGAGGACAACGCCGUAUUCUGAUUCCUUUUCACGGAAUCCUCAAGACAUAUCCCAUACCAGCUCUGAACCCCGACUUAUAUGACGAAAUUCUAGUAUCCAUGUCUGCAACAGCUCGUGAGCACCAAAUCUACGUGGUGAUCAAUGUACAAGAGGUGAUGGAUUGCAACGAUGCACCCGAUGAGUACUGUCCCGAAAAGAAGGAGUACUUGUUUAACACUAACGUUGUGUUUGAUAGAAACGGCGCUGUUAUUGAUCGUUACCGUAAAAUCAAUUUGUUCGGCGAGUUCACUCGUACUCCAGCUUUGAAGCCGGAGCUGGGCGUCUUCAGUACCGACUUCGGGGUGAGGUUCGGCCACUACAUCUGCUUUGACCUUAUGUUCCAAGUGCCAGCUGUUCAAGUCGUCCAGAAAUAUAAUAUCACUGACGUGAUAUUUACUACCAUGUGGUUCUCUGAGAUGCCGUAUUUGACUGCUGUGGAAAUUCAGGAGGCGUACACGUACGCUAUGAACGUCAACUUCUUAGCUGCGGGCGCCAACAACGUGAGAGUGGGAAGUGCUGGCUCCGGUAUAUACUCAGGCAAAGCUGGUUCCCUUAUUAGUAUAAUGCCAGGCGUGCCCACCACUAGGCUUCUAGUAGCAAAAGUACCUAAAGUGCCGGGAGAGAUCAAGGAGGACUACCCAGGCCCUAUAAGAGACGACCCUAAGGCCUUGGACAGCUUGGUGCUGAUCAGCGACCCCUCGCUGCCGUCACAUACCAGUCGCCCCCUGGUCAGCGGCAGCCAGGAGUUCACGCUCACCACCAAUGAGGUCUCCUGCAAGUUCACCGUCAAAUUGCAACUUAAGGAUGGUGAACAGGGUCCACGUUACAUGGCACUAGCUAAGGACGGUAUUAAUACGUAUUCUCGGAAGGAUCUCGGCGUAGCGACUUGCGCGGUGGUCGCAUGUAAAAACGACUCAAUAAAAAGCUGCCCGUACAGAUUCGAUAUGACACAAGACAAUGUGGUGAUAGAAGAUUUAGUGAUAGAGAUGACGUCACGUGUCCAUCAUUACAAUACGUCACUAGAAUGUGACGACAUCGUUUACUUUCCAGUCUCUUUCACAAACAACAAAUUCCCCGUCAGACCAAAGAAUUUUACAUUUCUAGAAAGUUCUAAGAUAUCUUCUAACAAAGUUUUAUCGUCUUGUGAGAAUAAUUUAAGCAAAGAUUUCAAUGGACAUAAAGAACAUAUAAUUUAUAAAUUAAAUGCACCACAAACUGACUUAGUAUCAUUUGGUGUUUGGGGUCGUGUUUAUAACAGAGAUGUUGAUCAUAACAAGAAACCUACAGAUGAUGAUUUGAAAAAUUACUUGGAGAUUGAAGAUUGGAUUUAUAAGAAGGAAAAGAAAGAAAAUACAAUCUGAAAGAUUAGACUGAAG